AUGACGUACAAUAUCUCCAUUGGCCGUCUAAACCCGGAGGAGGACGAUCCGUACCUAUCGGACGAGGGCUCCUCAGGUGUACAUGUCGAUUUGCCAAUCCCAGGAAGCCAUGAUCCAGAAUAUGAAGUUUGGGAAGAUGUGCCAUACCCGGAGGAUUUACAUCUCGACCGCGAACCUCACACCGCAAUCGCUCGAUCCACGGUUCACGUUCGGCUUCGGCCCGUCGCCCACCGCGCCGACACAUGGAGUCAGGGUAUCCCUCUACUCGACCCCGCCACCGGCAGGCUUCUCCAGCAGAGUCUGCCGGCAGUGGUGAUUCAGAGGACUUCCCUCCUCAUGACUACCCUCCCCAAUAUGAUACCCGACCUCGCGAACGCCGCUGGGCCCCCCCAAGCCCCCCAAGUUCCCCCGCCACCACCCUCUUCCAACGGAUAUCCACCCGCCCAUCCUGGCGCUGGCUACCCUCACCCCAACGGCGUAAUGCAACCAGACUCAUCGCUGAUCCGACAACUUCCUGGCGCUAAGCAAUACGGCUACCCUUACGGUCAUCAAUACCCCCAGGGCGCUCCCCAGGGCCCUCCCCAUGGUGCUCCUCCAGGGAUGCAUUCAUACUACGCGCAAGACCCAGCGUAUCGACAACACCCUUCCCACCAGCCUCCCCAGAUGCACAACCCGAACCAACAACCAUUAGUCCACCACAUGGCUAUGCACGGCACACCGCCGCCAUUCGGCGGCUCGCCUUUCCAGCAUGAAAUGGUUGCCUAUGGCGCUAAUGGGUUCUACAAUUACCCCCGCGACCCUCGCGAACAAUACGCGAUGAUGGCCGCACUGCAACAGCAAUCCUUUUUCCCACACUACCCUCAACCUACUCCGGCUCCACCCGAGCCAACUCCCACUCCUGCACCUGCAGCGCCUACUCCAGCCCCAGCCCCAGCCCCAGCACCGGCCCCGGAACCGGCCCCGGCACCACCAGCCGAUACAGCAAAGGACGAGGCAAUCGCGCGUCUCGAGAAACUGAUUCUGGACGACCGUUUAGCGCGCGAAGCCAAAGAGGCCGAGGCAAUCGCCAAAAUUGAGCAGGAGGCCAAAGACGCCGCUGCCGCCGCGGCGCAACUUGCCCACGAUAGGAAAAUUGCCGGAGAGGCCGCCGCUCUUGCUCGAGCCGAUGCCGAGCAAAGGGCAGCCGAGGAUGCCGCGAAAGCUAAAGAGGAGGCAGAAAAGGCUGCGGCAGCGGCUGCUGCGGAUGCCGCCACUGCUGCUACCGCUGCCGCUGCAGCCGCUGCAGCUGAUGCGGCGGCGGCGAAAGAAGCAGAGGCUGCAAAGGCCGCUGCACCCCCACCGCCCGCUGAGAAAAAGAAGCCUAUCAAGUUUAAAGAUGCAGUGGGAAGGAAAUUCAGUUUUCCUUUUGAGCUUUGCGCAACAUGGCAGGGAAUGGAAGAUCUAAUCAAACAAGCCUUCCUUCACAUCGAAGUCAUUGGCCCACAUGUUGCAGAUGGUCAUUACGAUCUAGUUGGCCCGAACGGCGACAUCAUUCUGCCCCAAGUCUGGGAGACGGUAAUCGAGCCUGACUGGAGCAUCACGAUGCACAUGUGGCCUAUACCCGAGAAACCCAAGGAACCCGAUCCACCUCCUGCUGCGGAAGCUCCCGCUGAACCACCCAAGGAAGCCGCGCCGCCGCCUGCUGCCGAGGCUAAGAAGCCUGCUCCGAAGAAACCUCGCCCUCCUCCCGGUCAGCCUGGAGGCUUUGCGAGCUGGAUGAUGGGAGGUCGGAAACCCCCCUCGGGGAAAAGCAGCUCCGAAGAAGGCCGAAGCAGCCCCAGCAGCGGCCCCGGCCCCAGCUCCAGCACCAUAGUUCGGUCUACAGUCAGAAACACAAUAUACGACUCACAUGAGAAAGCCUUGAGCUUUUUCAUGUUGCUGGCUGUAUCUUUGUUCCUUCUAUAG